UCAAUCAGUCCAUCGGAAGAGAGGAAGUUUAUCGCUCUUCAAAUUUGCAAAUCGAACAUGGAAUAGGGUUUCUUGUUGCCGCCGAAUAUCUUCGCCAUGACGAUGAAGCGUUUCUUUCUCCUCUUCUUGCUCUUCCAUUUUCACCUUCGUCUUUCGUUCUCCGGGCAGCCGAACUCCAUGGAGUCGGUUCCUGAUCUUCAGAAGUCAAUGUACAUGGUUGUUGAUGGAUAUCCUUGUGUUCGACUGCUCAGUCUUUCUGGGGAGAUUGGUUGUUCAAAUCCUAGUCGGGACAAGGUUGUUGCUCCGAUUGUAAGAUACAAGAAUGCUAAAGAGCUAGCUCAGCCAUCUACAAUUUUGGUUUCGUUGGAUGAUAUGCAGGAUCUUUUCAGUAGAAUAUCAAAUGAUCCCAGCUUUGCGAUGAAUGUUGGUGGUGUUUUAGUUGAAUCAGGGACUGAAAUCAGAGAUAAGUUAAGAGGAUUCUCUCCUGAUCUGAAGUUCCCACAAGUUGAAUUUGCACCAUAUAAUGAUUCCAACUUUGAGUGGAACCCAAAUGGAUCUGGUAUCAUGUGGAAACCUUAUAAUUUUCCUGUAUUCUUGCUUUCCCAGAGUAGCACAGUGACCUUACAGGAGGUUGCUUUGAGGAAUGAGAUAAAGAAGAAAACUUAUACUGCUGAUGUGGCUGAACUCGAUCUGGUGAUGCAGACCACCAAAGUGGGGACUCAUGAUUCAGAAUCUUGUUUAAGAGAAGAAGCUUGCCUCCCAUUAGGUGGAUACAGUGUUUGGUCAUCUCUUCAACCUAUCAAUAGUUCAGCUUCAGACCAGUCCAAGCCCAUUAUACUAACAGUGGCUUCCAUGGAUUCUGCAUCAUUUUUCCGUGACAAAAGCCUUGGUGCAGACUCUCCUAUAUCAGGAUUGAUUUCUCUGCUGGCAGCUGUUGAUGCUCUUUCUCAUGUGGAUGGUUUGGAUGAUUUAAGUAAACAGCUGGUUUUUAUAGUUUUCACUGGAGAGUCCUGGGGUUACCUUGGUAGCAGAAGGUUUUUGCUUGAACUUGAUAUGCAUUCUGAUGCUGUUAAAGGCCUAAAUAGUGACUUGAUUCAGCUGGUCAUAGAAAUUGGAUCCAUUGGAAAGGGCUUUGUGCAGGGGGAGAAAACCAUUUUUGCUCAUACGUCAAUGGUUUCAUCUAUCACAAAUGCAACAUUGGAUGCCUUAAAACAUGCCCAAGGGUCUCUCACAUCCGAAGGGAUUAAUGUUGUGUCAGCUAACACUUCAAAUCCUGGCAUACCUCCCUCAUCCUUGAUGGCAUUUCUUAGAAGGAACUCUUCAACUCCUGGCAUUGUAUUAGAGGAUUUUGACACUGUUUUUGCCAACAAAUUCUACCAUAGUCACCUUGAUAAUUUCUCAAAUGUAAACUCUUCAGCAAUAGUAGCAGCUGCUUCUCUUGUUGCACGGACCCUGUACAUUCUUGCAAGUGAUGACAAAAAUUUAAGCAGUUCAGCUCUAAAUGCAAUAAAUGUGAAUGCCUCUCUCGUUGAGGAACUUAUGGGUUGUCUAUUGGACUGUGAUCCGGGUCUAUCUUGUGAGCUGGUGAUGAAGUAUAUUUUACCGACCAAUGCGUGCCCAAGCCAUUACGUUGGUGUUGUUGUUGGGGAACCUACCUCGAAACCUAACGCUGAAUAUGUGGAUGAUAUUUCAAGGUUUUUGUGGUAUUUUUUGGCAGAUAGAACAUCCAUUCUAAAGGGGAAAGCUAGUUCUAUUUGCUCAGAAGAUUGCAGCAAGAGAGGUGGAGUCUGCAUUAAAAGGGAGGCAGGUGGGAAGGAAGUUUGUGUUGACUCCACAACCAGGUAUGUCCCUGCUUAUUCAACCCGGUUGAAAUAUGACAAUGGAAUUUGGAAAGUAUUGCCUCCAAAUUCCUCUGAUCCCAUGGGACUGGUGGACCCUGUUUGGACAGAGAGCAAUUGGAAUGCAAUUGGUCUCCGGGUCUACACUGUUCAAGAUAUUGCUUACGACCGUCUGAUUCUGCUUGGUGGUAUCAGUGUUACAGUCUUGGCUUAUAUUGCCAUUGUAUUUACCAGAGCAGUCAUAACAAAAGCCUUGAAGCAGGACUGACAAUCUUCAUUUUUAUAGAUUUUUUGAACCCAUUACGAAGAUGUUAGGAUUAGAGAUCAAACAUAUCACUUGAUUGUAUUGCACUAAUUAUUUGGAUCACUAAACUUUUGAAUCACUACAGGGACUUCCGCCAAUUGAAGCUCGUAGUCUUACUCUUUGUUUGGUUUAAGGGAAACGGGGUGGGGAGGGCGCUAAUUGAUGCUUGUAAUCUUACUCUCUAUUUGGUUUAAGGAAACUAAGAGGGCGGAUGCCCCUCCGUCCCCUUUUUGUUUGGUUAUGCAAAUUAUAAAUGAAAUUAAAAGCU